AUUCAAUUGUUUUGUUUGAUAGACGAAGCUUAGGGUCUCUUUGGGUUUGCAACCCUUACCCUCCUGGAAAAAAAUCAUAGUUGCUAGACUGCGACACUUCAGACCAGGUACUAUUAGAGCCGCUAAUGGAAGACGAGCUAUUUUCCGCUAUCCGGAGCUCAAGUAUUUGAGCCGCUAAAUGGACGACACUCCUGGGGAAAGGAUGCAGAGAAUGAGGAGAAAACACUCGUAGAUCUAUGGAGCAGGGAGUAGGUAUUGUACUACUUCCUGGUAUGGAGCACUGAGAAGCGCUUGGUGACAUCGUCCAAGAUCGACAGGGAUGGCGGGUCACCUGCCGUGACGCUGUUGACGCUAUUGUCCAGUCCCGCAUGGAGCCUGUGGCGAAGCCCCUCAUCUGUGGCACUUGUGCACGCAGUUUUCGUCGGCCACAGGAUAUUGCGAGGCACAAGUGUAACGCUGUUCGUGCGGCCCGCGUGCGCUGAGUAUGGCGUUCCCCGCCCGGUGGACAACACGUCUCCUGGUCUGCCCCGUAUGGGGCCACAUAGCCAGUCAUGACAGUGGAAGAAGGAAGGAAGGAAGCUCUCACCGUCCAGGAGCGACACUGACUCGCAUUGCUAUCUGGUGCUCACGAGGUGUUUGUCGCGCUUCAAACGGAGCGUCUCUCAUUCGGCGAUUUGAUCGCAGGACGAGAGAGGAGCUGAUGGACCAUCUCUCUAAUGUUCCUCUUGGUUCGGAGCACCGCCGAGUGCUGGCUUUGGGACUUGGAGUUCUAGCAUCCGUAGCUGCCUCAGGGGGUGCCACUUCUCCCAUCAGCGUCGACUAGUCCGCCGUUCUAUUUAGCAUUGCUGCGUUCCUAUGCCACCGUGCCGGUCUGCGUUGGGCCAGUGUCUUGUCAUGCUGUGCUACAGUGCCGUGUCUAUUCCUGUGAGUGGUCCUAGCACCCCGUCUCGCCAAAGCCUGAGUGUUCACAUCAGUCCCUGAUAUUCCCUGCAAGUACCAAUAGUUCAAGUACGGUGGCAGUGGUGGUUGCAUCUCGGCCGCCAAGGUCUGCGACGGUGUGUGGUAUGACUGCCCGGAUGGCUCCGACGAGAGCAAGUGCACUAGCACACGCGGCACUGCAGCACCAGCAGACUCCACCAAAUGGCUACAUCCAGGGAGCCAGCAUGACCAGCUAUGGCAGCCAGAUUGCGUUUGGCUGCUACCAGCCAUGCGUUCUCCAGGGACCUGCCACCCGCACCUGCCAGCUGAGUGGCAAGUGGGAUGGUGUACCACCUGUCUGCACAUUGGCCUCGCCUUACAAGAGUGGCUUCCAGCCAUGUCGUGAUGGUACCUGCCUGGCCUCAUCCAAGUUCUGCAAUGGCGUUUUCUUUGAGUGUCCCGACAACACAGACGAAUAUCAAUGCGGCACGACUGGACCCGGUGUGUGCACACCGCUAGCUAAACCGACCAACGGCUACUCCCAGGGCACAAACUAUUCUGCUGGAGGAAGCGUCGUCUUCGGCUGCAAUUCCGGAUACAACCUGCAGGUAAGCAUUGUGCGCAUCUGCCAGAUUGACGGUUCCUGGAGUGGGGCAGCUGCCUCAUGUAAUCCCAUUCAACUGCAGUGCAAGUCUGGCUACCUGCCCUGCCUGCAUUCCAGUGGCUGUAUCCUGCCAUCACAGCGCUGCGACGGUGUUUGGUACGACUGUGCUGAUGGCUCUGAGCAGUACUGCCCAGGCAAGGUCACACCAGCUCCAGGUCAAACCGACGGCCAGGUCCUGUCACAACCGGCACUGGGCUCAAUGACCGCGAACGGCUUGAUGUUCAGCAACACGACCACGUUUGUGUGCACAUCUCCCUAUGUCCUUAUGGACUCGGCCGUGCGUACUUGUGAAAUCAACGGCCAGUGGAGCGGUGUGCAGCCAACUUGCGUCCUGACGACUGCUGCUCUGAGUGCGGCCAGUGACGAGCUAGUCAAGGACUCCAUCUCAGAACGCAUGACACAAACGUGUUAGCUCCCGCUCCAUGCCCAUUGUUGGAGCGAUAGUCCUGGAAUCCAGAGUUGCAAGUGAGGUGGUGAUACGGCAAGCAGACGGUGGCAAAGUACGGCUUCAAAGCUCUACGUCUGGCAAGUGGCCGGCAUACCACCCCAAUGGACAUCGGAACAGUAAAAGUAGAGUAGCAUCUCUACGUGACAGGGAAUGAGCGCAAGCCAGUAUUGCCAAGCACUGGGGACCUUUGGCAAUCUGAAUGUUUUGUCCGAGAAUCGAUCCUUGGAUCUGUGGCGUUGCAGUUGUGGUGCUCCCGACCCUCUUGCGCGAUGGCGAGACUUGGCGAAAAGGUUCGAGACAUACGGCAUCUCAAUAUCUUCCACCACGAUCAGUACAUCAGCACUACCAUUGAGCGUAGCGACAUCAGCAAUAGAAGACGCACAUGAUAUCAUUCCCCCUUAGCGAAGACCCGGGAAUACCUGAGAAGAUGUUAGCCGCGACUUUACUGGAAAAGUUGUCGGUGACAACGGUACUCCAUAUUUUAGCUGCAUGCAAUAGGUCUCUCAACAAGUGUACCCAAAGUUUUCAAGCUAAUACACAAGCAAAUUCACUAGGAUCCGAGUAUAUUUUCCUACACCUCUCCCUGUUUGUUGUUGUUAUUUCUGCAUUCAAAUUGUUUGUGUACCUCUACAUUUAUUACAGUAGAGCCACGCAUCCACGACUGUUGUUUCCAAGGGGUCAGGCUCGUCAGUUAUACAAAACCUUUCAGCAAUCUGGCCUUAGGCUUAGUUCCUUGACUUUCAUCUUCUUCCAUUUCUUUCUUGGCUGUAGAUAUGUUGUGCCUGUUUUUAUGCUGCCAUGUUGCCACUUGGGGUUAUACACCCGGUUUUUUCCCUCAUUCGUGCGUCCGUCGGCGCGAGGGUUUUUCCCGGCUGGCUCGGUCCAGAGAAAUUUAUCUGACGGUCCCAAGUGGUGCUUGUCCUGGCUUAUUUAUGUUAGAUGAAUGUAUUAAUUCCUUCCUCCUGGGAUCUGUCCCCUGUUGUUGCUCCUAGUUUUCUUCUGCAUUCCGGUUCACAUCUGGCUGCGGCCUACUACCCUCACUCUGUGUGCUCCUGCCUCUGUUGUCUGGGUCCAUGUCGUUA